AUGGCCACUGCUAAGGACAUCCUCGAGAAGCAGAUGAGCAUAGAGUCCAUGAUUGCAUCACGAAUUGAUGAUUUUGAGAGGAAGCUCGCAGCAUCCACUACUUCAGCAGACAAGAUGUCAGAUCUCGGGGCCCUGGCUAAAGACUUCGCAUCAUUCAAGGAGAUGGUUGUAGGUGUUCUCCGCCUCCUCCAAGACCAAGUGGCCAGCCUGGCGGGAAGAGUCGAGGAGAUGGACUGCCACAGCCGGCGCAAUGCCCUUUUGUUCUCUGGCAUUGAGGAGCAGGAUGGAGAGGACUUGGCAGCAGUCAUCACAGGCACUGUGACAGGCAAGAUGGGAUUGGCUGAUUUCAGCCCGUCUCAGAUUCAACACUGCGUCCGGAUUGGUGCCAAAAAUCCAAAAAGGCCACGCCCUAUCCUAGCCAAGUUCACCAAUAUCUCUGUGAAGGCUUCAAUAUGGGCAAGAAAGACGCAGCUGAAGUCGAGUGGCACAGUUGUCGGUGAGUUCCUCACUAAGAGCCGGCAGGAGUACUACGCCCGCGCGCGCCGACACUUCGGAGUCAGCGCGUGCUGGACGAUGAAUGGCGCCGUGCAUGUGAAACUCGCUGACGGCAACAAGGCAACCAUCGUCUCGGCGGCGCAGCUGGACGAGCUCUGCAGGAAGCAUCCUGCAGUGGCUCCGACGACCACGGCGGCGGCCGCCAAGACUCCAGGUGACAAGGCCGUGCCCAAGCCCAGCAAGCCAGUGACCAGGAGCAAGGCCACUGUCUCAGCCAAGCAUGCCACCCACCAUCCGCCUAAUUCAGACCCAACCCUCCUGGAUUUGACUAUUGUGUCUUCGCCGAAUCUCCGUAAUUUUAAGAAGGUGGACGAGCAGCAGUUGUGUGAAGAUGCUAAGGCUGUUGACUGGGCACAGCUGAACGGCAUAGACGACAUUGACGAGAGGGUUGCUCUGUUUAACUCUCUCCUCACCGAUCUUUUUGAUAAACAUGCACCCCUCCGUCCAGUCCAUGUUAAACAGCUGCCUGCCCCUUGGCUCACAGAUGACAUAAAGAGGCUCAUGUCCAAACGUGAUCACGCCAGAUUUCGCUACAAGAAGCAACCCACUGAGGAGCACGAGAGGCUGUACAAGGAGCUGAGGAACCGCUGCAAUAGAGUGUCCUCACCAAUAUCAACGCCGCGCUUCUCGGGCUCCUCAUGGCUGGCUUUGCGCGCACUACGAGGCGCAUAUAAGCGCGUGCGCGUAAGAAUUCGCGUGCGCCCCGAACGCGCAAGAGGCGUGCUGCUGCUAACAGGAGAGCAUGACGACCUGUCGGGUGAUUACCUGGCCUUGAUACUGCGCCAAGGACGGGUGGAGUUGAGGGGGACAAACAGUCCAACACAUUUUCAUGACUACCUGUCGGGUGAUUCUUAUCUUGCGCUGCCGCUGAUACUGCGCCAGGGACGGGUGGAGUUGAGGUUCGACUGCGGCAGCGGGGCCGGCGUCCUCCGCUCCCCUGAGCCAGUGAGGCUCGGCCACUGGAACACCAUCUCUGUGUACCGACACCGAUGGGACGCGUGGCUGAGACUGAAUAAUGGGAAGAGGGUGCGGGGGCGAUCUAAGGGUCUAUUUUCCCGCAUGACGUUCCGCGAGCCGGUCUGGGUCGGCGGCGCGGGCAACACCACGGGGCUGCAGAGCAAACUCGGCCUUAGUGAGGGGCUGCUCGGAUGCGUGGACUUCCUGAGGAUUAAUGGAGACACGUAUAGAUUGGUCACCGAUGCUGCGGCUACUUAUGAUAUUGCGGAAUGCGCCCCGACCCUGGCCCCAUGGAAGCCAUCCAACGAGGUCACCAGCGAAACCUCCCCACGUCAUCAUUCUGAGGAACACCACGCUGUCUAUGACAUCAACGACAUCGUCCACUUCGAGGACAAUGACCUCGUCAUGAGAGAUCCAAAGACAAAAGACGACCGCAACGUUCUAGACAAUUCCAUAGAGCAGUUCAAACAUAACCUCAAUUUCGCGCCGAAAAGCAAUGAUAUCGCAAAAAUACAAGUGAUAUCAAACAGGGUGAAGAUUAAAGAUGGUAAUGAUGUGGAGAUGGAAUUAAAGGGUGAUGAAGGGAGUGUGAUGAAGAUGGAUAGAGAUGAGUGCUCGUGUCAACAUGGCGGCGGCUGCGUGGCAGGGGUUUGUCUAUGCCCCCUCGGCUAUGCUGGUUCUCGGUGUGAAAUCACGCUGGAUUUAAAGGUGCCGAGGUUCAACGGCUCGUCGUACCUGCGGCUCCCAGGGCUAGGGAACUCCGCGCAGGCCUGGCUCGACAUCCAGAUAACCCUGAAGCCGACGAGCGGCGACGGGCUGGUCCUAUACGACGCGGACCGAGCCAGUGGCGACGGCGACUUCUUCUCGCUGCACCUGAGGGACUACUUCGUGGAGUUCGCGUUUGAUCUGGGCUCGGGGAUCGCGCUGGUUAGAUCAGCGCACCCGCUCAAACCCAACACUUGGUCUCAAAUCUCCGUGACCCGCUCCGGGCGCCACGCCACCCUCACGCUCCACCCCAGCCCGCCCCAAUCACCCCACGACUCUCCCCAACCGCCCCAGAGUGAGACCAGAUCGGUGCGCUCGCGAGGGGCUGCAAGGAGGUUGCAGCUGAGACAGCCGCUGCUGCUGGGCGGGGCGCCUGAGCCGCUGCCGGCUCGACUCGCGUUGAAGGAGAGCUUUAGUGGAUGUGUUGCGCAGCUAAUAAUCAACGAUGAGACGCUGUCGGUGGUGUCAGCGGCGCUCGGAGGAGUCAACGUUGACAACUGCGACGAACCACACAAUGACAGCUGCACGCAAUGCAAAGAAAUCCUAGACCCAGUGCCACAAUACUCACAAAACAUAUCAGAGACCGACGCCCAUCACGCCAUUGUACCGAAAAAAGGUUUCAAACCGAAACCACAUAAAUUAAAACCCAAAAAACAUAUCCAAAAUUUACACACAGAAAAGGCGAAGAAAAAGAAAUUCUUUGCUAGUAAAAAGGAUGCUUUUUACAUGAAGGAAGCUGAAAGAAGUAAUGAUAUAUUGACCGAAGGCCCGGCGUAUGAUGGUCAGACUUACAUGCAAGUGAAGUAUUUGGAUACGAAUGAAAUCAACUGGGGUGACACUAAUUCGUACCCUAGUUUUAUGGGCACUGACAGUUUUAUACACAUUGAUGAUGAGGAGACGACGAAAAGACUAUCCAGCUCAUCUCUAGACAUCAACAUCCGGUUCCGGGCGCGGCGGCCGCGCGGGCUGCUCGUGUGGACGGGGCGCGCGCGCGACUACCUGGCGCUCGGGAUUGAACACUCCGUGCUCGUGUUUAGAUACAACCUCGGCAGCGGCGAGGUGGUGAUCGUGGCGAACCACACCAAGGUGGACGACGGGCUGUGGCACCGCGCUCGAGCCACCAGGAACCGCCAGGCGGGCGUGUUGGAGGUGGACGGGCUGGGCUCCGUCGGCAACAUCUCGCCGGGGAAGCUCAGGCAGCUGAACACCGAUAAUGGGCUGUAUAUCGGUGGCCUGCCGUCCAUCGAACAGAACACCAUGGGCAAAUACAAGACUGGCCUCGUCGGAUGUGUGUCCCAAAUAUCCCUGAGUGGGGACUUCGACAUACCACUGUCACUGUCCAAACUACCCCACACGAUCACAAACAACGUCGGCAGAUGCACGCCAUAAAACAUAGACAAUUCAUUUGAAUGAACGAAACGUCGUUCGAGUGAAUGAAUUAGUUCAUUUGAAUGAAUGAGUGGAUAGAGUUUGUUGUCUAUUGCACCUCGGUUUUAAAGAUUCGUUUUUGUGGUUGGAUUGCCGAAAAAUGAAUCUUAGGCCGGAUUUAGCUAAGUGUCUUUGUUUUGUGUAGUUAAAUGAAAAUUUCGUUGAUAUUAAAUGGUUUUUUCGGUAAGUGACUUUGGUUGGUUUGAUGCAAUGACCAAAUAAUUUUUAAAAUCUCCGCACAUAUCAUAUAAAUAAAUACUUACUAACGGAGGCAAUAAUGAUAAAAAUCUUAGUUGUUCAAACUAUCAAGACUUAUACUGUCGGUGUUUAUAAAAAUGCUAUACGUAUUCUUAGUCACUUUAGUGUAAGCAGAAACUUUUAGCUGUUUAUUUAUUUAUUCCGUUUUUUACCUGAUUCAGUUAAAAUCUAUUCUUGUCUAUGAUUUUAAUCUAUCGUUUCAUUUUUCCACGGUGUGAUGGAAACCUUUUCAAAGUGCUUUACUAUCUUGUAGUUACUUAAAAAAAAACUAUUUGUAAAGAGAACCUAGUCGUACGAGUGAUUUGCACGCAUCCAUUGGUUUAAAAUGUAAGUAAAUAUCUAUUAUUUUCUUCGUAUUAUAUAAAUAGCUAUCACAAAGGAGUUUGUUACAUUGUGAGUGUACCUAUUUUAUAUAAUAGUUCAUUAAGUAUAUAUAAACAUAGCGUUUGUAUAUCGAAAUUUUCAUAUGAGCGUGGUUCUAGUCAAAUGUAAGUAGAGUAAAUAAAUGAAAUGCCAUAGUAACUAUAAAUAAAUGAAACAUAUGAUUGAGCUUUGUAUAUUUAAGUGUAUCCGCGUAACAGUUUCUUUCGCUAUUUAUUUUAUAGCUCUUGACGAAUGCAUUUCAGAAAACUCAUUGAAAUACAUUUAAGCACCAGUCUAGUCAAUAGAGUGAUAGGUAUAUAUAAUAAUAUAUUAUCAUGUAGUGUAAUUUUAAAUGCGCUUUAAAUGAAAGUGGAAUAUAAAUUGAUAUUUUCUACCCUAUCAACCCAUACGGGUUUUGAUUUUCACCAAUAAGUUCUGUCAAUUAUCACUGUUAAUAUUAAUGGUAAAAUCUCAGGGUCGAAGGAUUUAUAAAUACCUAUAUAUGUUCUUUGUAAUACAUAUCCUAUAUUAUCAUAAUUGAUUGAUUUAUGUCCAAGAAAUCAAGAAUAAGUCUGAUCCCUUAAGAAGUCGAUGAUCCAAAGCAAUUUUAACAAAUAUCAUUUUGUUUUGUAAGUUUGCUAUGUAUAAUAUGAUAAUUAUGUACAACGUAUGCAAUAUGAAUAAAUUCAAUUGGGGGGCAUUUUUUACAAAUUUAACACCAAUUAAUAAUAUAAUUUACAUAAAUAUAAAACGUUGUUUUCAUACAUUAACCAACAAUACGUAAUAAAAUAAGUCAUAUAAAAAACUAUAUGUUAUAUUUUAUCGAUCGAAUUCAUUUGAUAUUAUACAAAGAAGUGCCCCUCAAUGUUUGCGCCAUACAAAACCACUUUUUGAUAGAUUUUGUAAAGCAGACCGUUUCGAAGUAGGCUCGGCCAUUAAAAAUAAAUUAAUCAUAGAUUAUGUCGUUUCUGUUAAUAGGAUUGUUGAACUUGUGAUAAAAUUUACGUAAGAAACAAAUGAUUCAUAGAAAUACUUUACCUUAUCUGUAUUUUAUCAACAUAAAAUAUGGUUAUACUUAAUCAUCAACCGGCAUGACAUACUUUCGGCUUAGGGCCAGUUUUUUGAAGCGUAGUUAACUCAACCAUGGGUCAUAAUAACAACAGUUAGUUGAAAAACCAACAAAAUUCGUAUGCAACUUGACAUGACUUGACUAAUGGUUAAAGUUGACUACGAAUUAAAAAACCGGCCCUUAGCUAGGUAACUACCUACACUUUCCUCAUCUAUCUACCACCGACUACCUUUCUUAGCUACUUAUAGUAGGUAUUUGCUUAAACAAGUUUCAAGCCUUGAUAAUUUUCGCAUGAAUGUUCUAAAAUUUUAAGGGUAAAUCUAUUUUGCCAUACAAAAGAGUUCAACGCGCAAGUUCAAUAAUCGCUUAACCAGAAUACACUGUGGUUCUAUGAAGGAGAGUAGAGUAUACUUGUGUCAUACUAAUGAAUAGCUUCACUAGCAUUAGUUUUGUAUGUGAAAACUGUCCGAUGUAAUAUACGCCGUUAUUUGUACAAAAUUAUAUCAAUAAACAAACUGGAAAACUUUAA